ACCCUUAGGUUCGGUGAUUUUAACCCAAGGACUGGCAUGCCAUCAAAACUUCAUCAGCUGCUUAUGCCCAAAUGUCAGCCAGCUUGUCAUUCUUCUGUGCCUUUGUCACAUGUGGGAAUGUUUCAUUAAAGGGCUGCUUUCAAGGUACCUCCAGGUCAUCAGUCACCCGAUGUAAGCCAGGAGCCAACUGCCCCAAUUCACACGGUGGCAUCAGUAGACAACUGUCUCCUUUAUCUAUCACCGAGGAUUCUUCUGCUCCCAUCCUUGAACUUCAGAGCCGAGGAUCCUCUGGAGUUUGUGGACAUAGAGUCGAGAGACAGAACAGAUCAGGGGAAGAUGGGACACAGACUCAUCCUGAGAACAGCAGCCAAGAAAACAGAAUCAAGGCUCGCUGCCUGUCCUGCACGUCCGUGGUUCUGAAGGCUGUCUGGGGACUCUUGAUCAUAUUGUCAGUUUCUUCGUCUUGGGUUGGAACCACACAGAUUGUAAAAAUUACUUAUAAGAACUUCUACUGUCCAUUUUUCAUGACAUGGUUUUCAACAAACUGGAACAUUAUGUUUUUUCCCGUCUAUUAUUCUGGUCAUCUGGCCACUGCUCAAGAAAAGCAAUCUCCAAUGAAAAAAUUCAGGGAAUGCAGUCGGAUUUUUGGUGAAGAUGGUCUGACGUUGAAGCUCUUUCUUAAAAGAACUGCUCCCUUUUCUAUUCUAUGGACUUUAACAAAUUACCUGUACUUACUGGCUUUAAAGAAGCUGACGGCCACAGAUGUCUCUGCUCUGUUCUGUUGUAACAAAGCCUUUGUCUUCCUGCUGUCGUGGAUUGUGCUGAAAGACAGGUUCAUGGGAGUGAGGAUAGUUGCCGCAAUAAUGGCGAUUACUGGCAUUGUCAUGAUGGCAUAUGCAGAUAAUUUCCAUGCUGAUUCCAUCAUUGGUGUGGCAUUUGCAGUCGGCUCAGCUUCCACGUCUGCAUUAUAUAAGGUAUGUUGUGCACCUUAUUUUGUAAUCAGCUGUCACUCAUAGCUUAGAUUUAAGCAA